ACAUGGGCUGUUAUCUCAUGGAGUAUACCUAGUUACAUUCCACAAGACUAUCCCAUUAUCACAUAUGAGGUAGGAUACUAUGUCAUACAGUCUCGCAGCUGUUCAAUGGUAGAUAAUGACAUCGAUACUCAAAUGCUACAGCUUUUCAAUUCAACCAAUAGCAAUAGAUUUAUCAUAGUCACUGAUCUCAAUGAUACAACUUGUUACAUUUUUGGUGUACGUGCCUAUACUGAUAAUGGAUAUGGAAAAUGGACAGCUAUUGUUAAUAGGACCCUAAAACUACCACAACCAUCACCUUGCUUCCCUUCAAAAAGCAAUGCAUCUAACACUAGUGAUUCAUUCAUCACUGCUAAUAGUGAUACAUUCAAUACAGUUAUUGCUCUAGGUGUGUUAGUAGGUGUAUUGUGUAUUCUACUAACUGCCAGUGUUAUUAUUCAUAUCAAUGGCUUUAUAAGAAAGAAAAAUUUAUAUGCUACUAGUGACCAGCAAACAAAAAGUGAUGAUGCUAUUGCAAUGCAAACUUGUGAACCAUACGAAAUUCACAAAAAAAGAUUAAAUGAAGAAAAUGAAGAAGCAUAUGCAGAAUGUCAAACAUCACCUGAUGAUAUUUAUGAACCUAUGCCACAAUACUGAAAUGUUCUUCAAAAACUGUUAAAAUGUUUCCUCUAGUUUUAGUGUAGAUUGUUAAAGAAAAAUGCUAUAAAAUUAGUGAA